AUGCCAGGACAGACCGGAAAAGUGCUUUUGGCUUACUCUGGUGGACUCGACACCUCCACCAUCCUUGCAUGGCUCAUCGAUGAGGGAUACGACGUCAUCGCUUUCAUGGCUGAUGUCGGUCAGGAGGAGGACUUUGAGGCUGCUCGCUCCAAAGCGCUCAAGUGCGGUGCCAAGGACUUCAUCCUUGCCGACCUCAAGCGCGAGUUCAUCGAGGAGCUCAUCUUCCCUGCCGUUCAGGCCAACGCCAUCUACGAGGAUGUCUACCUUCUCGGUACCUCGCUCGCUCGUCCCGUCAUUGCUCGUGGCAUGAUCGAGGCCGCCGAGAAGACCGGCUGCCAGUACGUCUCGCACGGCUGCACCGGUAAGGGUAACGAUCAGGUCCGUUUCGAGCUCGCUUUCUACGGUCUCAAGCCCGACAUCAAGGUCAUCGCCCCAUGGCGUAUCCCCGAAUUCUUUAACCGCUUCGCUGGUCGAUCCGCAUUGCUCGAGUACGCCGAGUCCAAGGGUAUUCCUGUUACUCAGACCAAGGCUAAGCCCUGGUCGACUGAUGAGAACCUCUUCCACAUCUCCUAUGAGGCUGGUAUCCUUGAAGACCCCAACACCACUCCUCCUGCUGACAUGUGGAAGUUGACCAAGAGCCCUGAAUCUGCCCCCGACACCCCCGAGCGCAUCGUCAUCGAGUUCAAGCAGGGUCUUCCAUCCAAGGUCAAGGUUCUCUCGACCGGCAAGGAGCACACCGACCCCGUCGAUGUUUUCUUGACCCUGAACGCUCUUGCUCGUGCCAACGGUAUCGGCCGUAUCGACAUUGUCGAGAACCGUUUCAUCGGUGUCAAGUCUCGUGGAUGCUACGAGUCUCCCGGUGCCACCAUCCUCCGUGCUGCCCACUUGGAUCUUGAGGGUCUCACUCUUGACCGUGAAGUCCGACGAAUUCGUGACCAGGUUAUCACCACCAAGUUCUCCGAACAGCUCUACUACGGUUUCUUCUUCUCCCCCGAAUGCGAGUUUGUUCGCUCGUGCAUUCCUCAGUCGCAAAAGACGGUCAACGGUCAGGUCAAGAUCGCUCUUUACAAGGGUAACGUCAUCAUUGAGGGCCGAAGCUCCGAAGAGUUGCUCUACGAUGAGAAGUUCACAUCGAUGGACGAGCAGGGUGGUUUCGACUCGGCUGCUACCUCAGGCUUCAUCACAGUACAGGCUAUCCGUCUCCGCCGAUACGGUUUGGGUCUCGCUGAGAGGAACCAGGCCGGUUCCGAUCGCGAGACUGCUUACGCUAUUCGCAAGUAA